AUGGCGGCUAAGGUGCUUGAAUGUGGUUAUUAUUGGCUGUCAAUCUAUCAUGAUUCCAAUCAAAUGGUCAAGGCUUGUGACCAAUUCCAAAGGCAAGGAUCAAUCUCCAAGAGGCAUGAAAGGCCAAUUCACUUUGUGAUGGAGAUAGAAAUCUUCGACGUAUGGGGAAUUGAUUUUAUGGGUACCUUUGUAAGCUCUUGUGGGAUGAUAUAUGUCUUGGUAGUUGUGGACUAUGUUUCCAAAUGGGUUGAAGCAAUUGCCUUACCAAACAACGAGGCAAGAAGUGUGACCGCAUUCUUAAAGAAAAACAUAUUCACUCGGUUUGGCACUCCUAGAGCCAUUCUUAGUGAUGGUGGGUCUCAUUUCUGUAACAAGGCUUUCACGGGGCUACUAGAGAAAUAUGGUGUCAAGCAUAAGGUGGCCACACCUUAUCAUCUCCAAUCAUGUGGCCAAGUUGAAGUUUCUAACUGGGAGAUAAAGAGCAUUCUAGCAAAGACUGUUAAUGCAAACCGGACCGAUUGGUCAAGGAAGCUAGAUGAUGCAUUGCGGGCGUACCAUACGGCGUACAAAACUCCUAUUGGCACUUCUCCUUACCGUGCAGCUGUGUAUAAAGAAAGGAUGAUGUUCGUCCACGACAAGAAGAUCUUGAAACGGGAGUUCAAGUCGGGUGACUUGGUUCUGUUCUUCAACUCAAGGCUAAAAUUGUUUCCGGGAAAGCUCAAAUCGAAAUGGUCCGGUCCAUUCAAGGUGGUCAAUGUGUCUCCUUUUGGAGUUGUGGAACUAGCAUCAGAGGAUGGGCUCGGAACUUUCAAAGUAAAUGGCCAGCGAGUCAAGCACUACUUGGGCACAGAUGGAGAAAAACAUUUGGUGGAACAAUUGGCUCUCAAAGAUGGUCCAUGCCCGACCAAUGAGUGA